UUCCCAUACAAAACAAGCGUUCGAGAAAAAACUGGGGGAGAAAAGGUCCAUCGUUCUAGUAGGGUUUUUCAGUGGAAGAAGAAGAAACCCUUUUUCAGAUUAAUCUGUUUCAACAACUUUUAAAUUCUAAUACCAAAAACAAUCAUAAGCAAUGCACUCCCCAGUUCUCGUUCUGAAGGAUUCGUUGAAGCGGGAGUCCGGGACUAAGGUUCACCAUGCUAAUAUCCAAGCCUCCAAGGCUAUUGCUGACAUUAUUCGAACAACAUUGGGUCCUCGAUCCAUGUUGAAAAUGCUCCUUGAUGCUGCUGGAGGUAUUGUCGUUACUAAUGAUGGAAAUUCCAUCCUAGGUGAGUUAGAUAUUGCACACCCAGCAACAAAGUCAAUGAUUGAAUUGAGCCGUACGCAAGAUGAAGAAGUUGGAGAUGGAACGACAUCUGUCAUUGUUCUUGCUGGUGAGUUGCUUCAUGCCGCAGAAGCCUUUAUUGAAACAAAUUAUCAUCCUACGGUUAUCUGUCAAGCAUACAAUAAGGCUUUUGAGGAUGCUAUUAUUGUGCUUGACAAGAUUGCAAUGACUAUUGAUGUGAAACACUGUUCAAUGGUGUUGGGACUUGUGAAGAGCAGCAUAGGAACAAAGUUCACUAGCCAAUUUGGGAAUCUGAUUGCCAUUCAUUAG